GUCCCUUGGUUCCAACCCCUACCCACCUCCGAGCACCGUCCCUUGGUUCCAGCCCCCUACCCACCUCCGAGCACUAUUCCUUGCACCAUCCCUUGGUUCCAGCCCCUACCCACCUCCGAGCACUGUCCCUUGGUUCCAGCCCCUACCCACCUGCGAGCACCGUCCCUUGGUUUCAGCCCCUACUCACCUCUGAGCACUGUCCCUUGGUUUCAGCCCCUACUCACCUCUGAGCACUGUCCCUUGGUUCCAACCCACUACCCACCUCCGAGCACUGUCCCUUGGUUUCAGCCCCUACUCACCUCCGAGCACUGUCCCUUGGUUCCAACCCCUACCCACCUCCGAGCACCGUCCCUUGGUUUCAGCCACUACUCACCUCUGAGCACUGUCCCUUAGUUCCAGCUCCCUACCCACCUCUGAGCACCGUCCCUUGGUUCCAGCUCCCUACCCACCUCUGAGCAC